AUGAAUAGAUAGGAGAAAGUUGAAAUGGAGCUUGGACUGCGAGUUCUUUUAGAGGAAGUAUCGAAAACUUGAAAUAUAAAAGAUGCUUAAUUACAAAAAUGAAAAAUGUUUGAGGAUUGAGUACUACAAUUGUAAUGAAUUGAUUCAAAGAAUAACUAAGGCAUUUCGAGAAAUUAAAAAUAGCAAUCAAGAAUACAAGAAAUUAGAAUCAGUUUUGCAAUAAUAAGAAGCCGAUAUUCGAAAUCACAUAAGCGUAAUUAGAUUUUCUUAAUCGAUGCCUAGUUGGAGUAAUAGAUGAAGUUGUAUCAGGAUUAAUUGCAAUAAAAAUUAGACGAAGCAUCUCAAGAAAUAAAGAGAUUGUAGCAAGAGAUAUAUCAAUAUAGUACUAAUAAAGUAUAAUAGUGGUUAUCAGAAUCUAAAAAGAAGAGAGAUAAGAGUUAAGAUGGUUCCUUAACAUAGAGAAUUAGUUCACCAUAGAAACAAUCCUCUUUGUCAUAACAUGGAUACUCAUCACAUCGCAGUUCCUGUGAUGAAUUAUUUAAGAGAUACAAUAAACUGCUCUAAUAGUAAUAAGCAUAAAUAAGCCAACGAUCCAAUAAUAUUUAAAUUAGUUAAUUUAUGAUGAAAGGUAGACAAACUCUAGCAGAAAUUAAUAAUAUUCAUUCAAGCAAACCCAGUCGAAGUUAAACCAAAAAUAGUAAUAGUGCGAAUAAAAGCAGUUAAAAUAAUUCAAUAAGUUCUGAAACCAUAAGAAAUUUAUUAAAAAUGAAAUGA